CCGGGCCCGUAAAGGAGGCAGGAGCGGGGCGGCGCGGCAGAGCCGCCGCCAGCCCCGCCGCCAGCCAGCGAGCGCCGCGCCGGGAGGGAGGCAGGGAGGGCGGGCGGGAGGGAGGGAUGCUGGGCGCCGAGGAGGACGAAGGGGCGAGCACGGCCCCCGCGCCGCUGUGAGCCCCGCAAACUUCCCAUAGCCGCAUAUAUACGCCCGCCCGCGCCGUGCGUAUAUACACACACACACACAUAUAUAUAUAGGCACGCACGUGUGUGUAUAUAUAUAUAUAUAUAUAUCGCACGGCGAGGGAGUUGCUCCGCCGUCCCUGCGCGGAGGCCGCCGGCGGCGCAGCCCUGAUGCCCGGCGGGGCGGCGGGGCCGCGGCUCGGGCGCGCAGCUCCCCGCUAGAGGCGGCGGCGGCCCCCGCGGGCUGGAUGCGCGGCGGCGGCGGCGGCGGCUCCGCAGGGCCCCCGCGGCGCUAGGGGCCGCCCGGGGCGGCGCUCGGGGCCGCCGCUGCCCCCGGGCGCGGGACCCGGCGGCGGCGGCGGCGGCGGCGGCGGGGGGAUGCUGGCGCUGGGGCAGAUGGACGGCGCGCCCCGGCAGAGCGCCUUCCUGCUGGGCAGCCCGCCGCUGGCCGCCCUGCACAGCAUGGCCGAGAUGAAGGCGCCGCUGUACCCCGCGUACCCGCUGCCCGCCGGGCCCGCUUCCUCCUCCUCCGCCUCCGCCUCGCCCGCCUCCGCCUCGCCCUCGCCGCCGCUCGGCUCCCCGGGCGCCGCCGGCCUCAAGGCGCCCCCCGCCGCCGCCGCCGCCGCCGCCGCCGCGGGCGGCCUCUCGGCGCUGGGCUCGGCGCCGCCGCAGCUCUCGGCCGCCACCCCGCACGGCAUCAACGACAUCCUCAGCCGGCCCUCCAUGCCCCUGGCCGGCGCCGCGCUCGCCUCCGCCUCGCCCUCCGCCUCCUCGGCGGCGCCCGCGGGGCUGCUGGCCGGGCUGCCGCGCUUCGGCAGCCUCAGCCCGCCGCCGCCGCCGCCGCCCGGCCUCUACUUCGGGCCCGGCGCCGCCGUGGCCGUGGGCCGCUACCCCAAGCCGCUGGCCGAGCUGCCGGGCCGCACGCCCAUCUUCUGGCCGGGGGUGAUGCAGAGCCCGCCGUGGAGGGACGCCCGCCUCGCCUGCGCGCCCCAUCAAGGCUCAAUUUUGCUGGAUAAAGACGGCAAGAGAAAACAUACAAGACCCACUUUUUCUGGCCAGCAGAUUUUCGCCCUGGAAAAGACUUUUGAGCAGACGAAAUACUUGGCGGGACCGGAGAGGGCCAGGCUAGCCUACUCGCUGGGCAUGACGGAGAGUCAAGUCAAGGUCUGGUUCCAGAACCGACGGACCAAGUGGCGGAAGAAGCACGCGGCGGAGAUGGCGACGGCCAAGAAGAAGCAGGACUCGGAGACGGAGCGGCUGAAGGGCGCCUCGGACAACGAGGAGGAGGACGACGACUACAACAAGCCGCUCGACCCCAACUCGGACGACGAGAAGAUCGCGCAGCUGCUCAAGAAACACAAGCCCGGCGGCGCCGGGGGGCUGCUGCUGCCCGCGGCCGACGGCGACGCCUCCGCCUAGCCCCGACUCCCGGCCCGACGGCGGGGGCGGCCCCGACGGCGCGGCCCCCCCUCGCAGGCGCCUUGUAAAUAAACCGCGACUCACACUGACUAGAGACGUUCCUUGACUGUGAAUAUUUAAAAUGUAAAAUACCUUCUUUUUUUGUAUAGAAAGGGCCGCUCCCGUCGGUCCCGGCCCGCCCCCCCCCCCGGCCCCCUUUUGCAGAGCGGCUCUCCCCUCCCGGGCCGCGGACCCCCCGCGACAGACCGCGCCGGCUCCCCCGCCUCGACUUGCACACGCCCUCCACGCUAUUUAUUAGUAUUUUUGAAAUACUUCUUCUUCUUCUUCUCUUUUUUUCCGGUUGCUGUGAAGAGGGAGGGGGCAGAGGGCAACUCGCCGUAGUUUGCUUUAACUUAACCCGUUUCCCAUAAAAUGCGUGUUGAAAAGUAGCUGGUGGGAAUUGUCACAACCACUUUCGGUCAGAAUAUAAAAUUCAUUUAGUUGCUGUAAUUGAAUUGAAAGUGUGUUUUCUUUUGUAUCAUAAAGAAUACUAGAGAAUGUAAAUUGUUUUCUUUUUUUUUUAAGCUAAUAGCGAUGAUAUAUCGUGAUAUAGCAUCUUAACAUUUAUUAAUUUAUAUUAAAAAUAAUUCGGUUUGUAAAGAGAAGAAAAGCCCUUUGCAAGACCAGUUAAAUGUAAUGCACUUUCUGUUUAAAAAACGAUAAAUCAAUUAAAGCAGUUUAAAGACGUC